AUGAAGAAUACUGUGACCACGCCAGGGACACCCCGUCAGAAUGAGGGUAAAGUGGAAGAGAUGUCUCCCACAACUCCAAGUUUCGGGGAAGCGCCAGACGGUGGAGUUAGAGCAUGGCUCGUUGCAGCUGGAGGUUCUGCGAUAUUCUUCUGUUGCCUGGGCUUCUCGAACUCCUUCGGUGUAUUUACUGAAUACUAUCUCUCCCAUCAACUCAGGGGAGAAUCUCCUGAUAAAGUGGCAUGGAUUGGUUCACUAUCAGCCUUUCUCUUGUUCGCAACGGGAAUAAUGGGCGGGCCGUCCUUUGAUCUCCUGGGCGCCUGGGGCGUUCUUAUGGGUAGUAUUAUGGGCUUCCUGCAGUUUCCGGCCUUUGCAGCUGUCUCCCAGUAUUUUGACAAGAAACGCGCGGCUGCCCUGGGCAUUGUGGUGUCUGGCUCCUCGAUCGGCGGUAUUGUUAUCCCUAUUGCUUUGUCAAAGAUGCUGAACAGCUCUACCGUGGGGUUCGGAUGGUCAGUAAGAACUAUAGGGUUUCUCAUUUUACCAUUCAUGCUCUUUGCAUGCCUUACCGUCAAGGCGCGGCUCCCUUCUCGAUCGACCGCUUUCUGGAUACCUGCGGCAUACAAAGAGGUGAAAUUUAUCAUCUUGAUUGUAUCCCUAUUUUUCAUGUUUGUUGGCAUGUUCACCCCUCUCUUCUUCCUUCCAACGUAUGCAGUGUCGAGGGGCAUGGAUCCAACGCUUGCUGGUUAUCUGCUUGCCAUCACUAACGCGUCCUCUACUUUUGGCCGUGUCAUUCCUGGUGUGCUAGCAGAUAAGUAUGGACGCUUGAAUAUUUUUUCCCUUGGAGGAGUUACAACCGGUAUUGUGAUUUUUUGUAUGAACUCGGCCGCAACUGACGCUGCAUUAAUUGUAUAUGCGGUUGUCUUUGGGUUUGUGUCUGGUACAAUCAUUUCCGGGGCCUCUGCAGCGUUUUCUCUAUGCCCCAAAGACCCUCGAGAUAUUGGAACGUACAUGGGGAUGGGAAUGUCUAUCAGCUCCCUCGGUGGCUUAAUCGGCCCACCAGUCAAUGGAGCCUUCGUUGAUAGAUAUGGGAGUUUCUUUGAAGUAUCAAUGUUCAGUGGGUCCAUGUGCUUGUUUGGCGGUUUGGUCGCACUUAUAAGCAAACACUUCACUACCGAGGGCCUUCUGGGAAUAGUAUAG